AUGACAUCACAAGGUUCCUCACGCAAACGGCCUGCACCAGGCGCCGUGCCAAUUCCGCAUCAGCAAGUUUCGCCUUCCCACAGCUACCCGGCUCCCGAACCCCAACUGUCGAACGACCAAUUCCUGCAAUGGGGCCAAGCCGGCCAGCCGUUAGGCAAUCCCUCGGGAGAUGUGGCCGCUAACCCAUACCAGCCCAUCGCCCAUCCUGGGGAUGCUACUGGUUUUCAAACAGCGAAUCAGCUGGCGCGGAGACCAGGAAACCAACUCAUUGGCAGGCUGAGAAAACCUGAUACAAAUUCAAGGACGUUGAUGGAACCUCCGCCGACGAAACCGGGCCCUGUGAUUGACCCUGCGACCGGGGAGGCAGAGGAAUCAUUAGAGUCGAGAGCACUUGCUGCGAAAAAAGAUGCGCAAGCUAAGCGGAAGCAAAUUCCUCCAUUUGUACAAAAGCUUAGCAGUUUCCUCGAUGAAUCCAAAAACACAGACUUAAUCAGAUGGUCUGAAGAUGGCCGAUCUUUUAUCGUACUCGACGAGGACCAAUUCGCUAGAACGUUGAUUCCAGAGCUCUUCAAGCACAGCAAUUACGCCUCCUUCGUUCGCCAGUUGAAUAUGUACGGUUUUCAUAAAAAGGUCGGGCUGUCGGAUAACUCAAUGCGAGCGAGUGAAAGGAAGAACAAGAGUCCAAGCGAAUAUUCAAACCCUUAUUUCAGACGCGGCCAUCCCGAUUUAUUAUGGUUGAUCCAGAAACCCAAAAAUGUGUCCCAGUCGAAAGCUGCAGGAAAAUCAGGCUCGCGGGGGAGAACAGAAGGGGACGCGGAUGACGGCGAAGCCGAAGAUCUCGCAGAAGAUGGUGGUGGUGGUGGUGGUGGUCGAGAGGACAGAGGCCGGUUUCGAGGGCAGCUGUCCAUUACACCCGGAGAUGCGACGUUGGCCAAGGAGCAACUAGCCAAUGUCUAUCGAGAACUGCAGAAUAUUCGCCAUCAGCAACAGAUCAUCUCAAGUACGAUAAACAAGUUGCGCCGAGAGCACGAACAACUUUAUGACCAGGCGAUCAACUUUCAGGAGCAGCACAGCCGCCACGAAAACUCCAUCAACGCGAUAUUGACAUUCUUAGCAACUGUUUACAACAGAAGCCUACAGGGCCACGAAGGCGCUCAGGGCUUAAUCAAUUCUUUCACCGCCGCACCGAUGCCUCAGGAUCAGGGACAAGGGAAUAUUAUCGACGUGGGCGAUUAUAUAGGAAAUAUGGAACCGAACCUCAAUUCGGGCCAGCGCCCUGCGAAGAGACAACCAUUACUACUCAAAGCGGCACCCGAUUUUGGUCAAGACGCUCCGUCUCGUCGAGCAAACACGCUAUCCCCCUCGGCAGCAAGUGAGCGAUAUGACAUGCAGUCGGGAAAGAGUAACGGUCAAGCUCAUAGGCCUAGCACCCAUAGUGGCAGUGUGGAGGAACUGUUUGACAGCACGAGCCCGCAAUCUGUCCCUUCACAACAACAACAGCAGUAUGGCCAUGUACAUACUCGUAGCCAGAGUCAACCUGCAGCAAAAUACCCUCCACAACGCGAUAUUAUGUCUCUUAUCCAAAACUCCAACGCGCGAAACAACAUUAAUCCCGGUGUGCCUGACUUUCCUACGGUUCUAUCUUCGCUUGAGAAUUCCGGAGGCAAUUCGCCGCUUACUGCGACGCAACGAGCAGAUAUGCUCCGUUUGAUCGCCAAUGAAAGCCAUGCGUCUGACCCGUCUACAAUCGCAUCGCCAAACAACGCCCUUAUUACACCCAACCCGCCUCCCAUGCCCCACAACUAUCCUUCACGCCUAGCUAACAGCCGCGCCCAGUUUGACCAGUUAGCUAAGAUGCAAGCAGAACAGGACCGGUCAGUACAGAACCUCACCAACAUGCUCCAGCCCCUUAGCCCAACGGGUCUAAUCCCUGGUCUUGAACCGGAUAAUCACAGCAACAUCCCGCCGCCUCCACUUGACCUUGACCAAAUCUUUAACAGUGGAGAUUACUUUUCCGACUAUACAAGCAUGAACGCCAAUAAGGGUGGAAUGGGGGCGCAUGGGAAUACACAGGGCGGGGACACCAAUGAAGGUCUAGGCGAUCCGUUGGCGUCGCAGGCGAAUGAUUUGUUUGAUUUUGAUAAACUGCAGAGCGACCCUGUUGGGGAUCUCUUCGGAGAUGCCAACCCGGAUUCCAAACAGGCUCAAACGCACGACUUCCUUAAUGUGUAUGGGAACAACAACAGUGUGAACCAAGCCGGCGCUGGGGAUCAAUCGGGCACCGGAGGGAAUCGAAUCACGGAAACCUUUUCAAGCAGUGAAGCAACUAGCCCUGCCAACACCAGUGUGGACGAGAAUGCGUUGCCUCCAGAUAGCAACAGCAGCCACUCGGUCCCGGGAGGUGGCCCUAUCAAAAGACGGAAGAGAACUCAAUGA